GAAAUCUCCUCCUUCUCCCACGCCACACCACCACAUCACUUUUACUACUCUCAGAUCCAGCAAUCUCACAUAGCACAAGGCAAUGGAGGCUGCUCUCGUGGGCGUGGGCACGGGAGUGAUGAAGCCCCUCCUGUCCAAGCUCUUCAUGGCGCUCAACGAAGAGCGCAGCAAGCUCAAGGGCGUGCGCCGUGAGGUCGAAGGCACAAGAGAAGAGAUGAGCAAUAUGCAGGCUGCGCUGGAGGCGCUAGCAGACGCCGAGCAGCUCGACCAUGAGACUAGAGCUUGGAGGGACGAUGUCCGCGAGCUGUCCUUCGACAUGGAGGACUGUGUUGAUGACUUCAUGGCUCGUGCUGACACCAAGGAAGAUGGGCCAAAGGGCUUCAAGGGGUUCUUUGACAAGCUGACCAAGCUCAAACCUCGCCAUGAGAUCGCCGGCGAGAUCAAAAAGCUCAAGGCCCGUGCAAUCGAGACAAGCAAGAGGCAUCAGAGGUAUAAAACUGACCGCCUCUCAUCUGACUCCACCGCGUGUGAUAUUGAUCCCAGGUUGCACCCGCUCUAUGAGGAUGUUGGUAAGCUUGUGGGCAUUGACGGUCCUAUGAAGCACAUCAUUGAGGGGCUCAAAAAUGAAGAUUCAUCUUCUAAGCAGCUUCACGUGCUGUCAAUUGUUGGUGCUGGUGGUCUUGGUAAGACUACGCUCUCUAAUGCAGUCUACCAUACCAUCAAAAAGCAAUUCGACUGUUCAGCUUUCGUGUCUGUUUCUCGAAAGCCUAACAUGAGAAAGGUUCUAAGAGAAAUCGCUAAAAGGUUGGAAAUUACUCACAACAUUUCUGAUGAUGGCGAGCAUCUACUUAUUGAUACACUUCGAGAGCACCUCCAGAACAAGAAGUACCUUGUAGUGGUUGAUGAUAUAUGGAGCACAGAAGCAUGGAAAACUAUAAGAGAUGCUUUACCAAAUAAUGACCGUGGGAGCAGAAUUAUCACUACAACACGCAAUAGUACAGUUGCAUCACUUUGUUCUCCUCAAGGCGAUUAUGUCUAUAGAAUGGAACCCCUUAGUUCUGCUGACUCCCGAAGACUAUUUCUUGAAAGAGCAUUCCGUUCUGAGGAUUUAUUCCCUCCCAGUCUAGAAGAAAUAUCUAAGAUGAUAUUGGAAAGGUGUGCAGGGCUUCCGUUGGCUAUUAUAACCUUGUCUAGUAUGCUGGCUGAUAAACCUGCAGAAGAAGAAUGGAAGAGGGUGCUUGAUGCUAUUGGUUCUUCACUUGCAAAAGAGGCUGUGGUCAUGACGAAGAUAUUAUCUCUCAGUUAUUUUGAUCUUCCUCACCGUCUCAGAAGCUGCUUGUUGUAUCUGAGUGCAUUCCCAGAAGAUCAUAUCAUCGACAAACGGAGUCUGAUACAUAAAUGGAUUGCUGAAGGAUUCAUCCAUGAAGCACAAGGGAGGAGUGCAUAUGAAGUAGGCCGGGAUUAUUUGAAUGAAUUGAUCAACAAGAGCUUGAUCCAGCCAAUAGCAAAUCAUCAAUCUGACGAGUUGUAUGAUGAGGUGGCAGCAUGCCGGAUUCAUGACAUUGUUCUUGAUUUCAUAACUUGCAAGGCCGAAGAAGAAAACUUUAUGACAUCAUUGGAUGAUGGAAAGAAGGUGGGGAGACACAAGGUUCGCAGGCUCUCUGUGGCGAGCCGCACUAAUGAAAUGGAUUCUGUGUCAGGGGAUCUCUCCCAUGUUCGAUCACUUGCUAUGUUUGGGUAUUCUGCGUUGCAAUUUCCAGCUAUUGGUGUGUUGGAUUUCCCAGUUCUUCGUGUGUUGGACAUAGGAGAAUGUGAUGUUAGAAUAAAUCCGAGGCAUACAGUCGAUCAUCCAAGGACCAAGCAACCACACAAGGCACGGCACCGAGAUUUGUUAACGAGGUUCACCGAUAUGGCUACAUCCCCGGGGCUUGACUACGGGCGCUCCUCCCCGUGACACCGUCACAAU